UGGUAAGCCGGUUUAGCUGGGUUUCAUUUGUAAGCAAAGCGGGAAAGAAAUAAGGGGUUUAUUUGAACGAAGUUAUGUUUUUUUAUUUAUAAGACUUCGGAAGUAGUGACAAGUUUUGGAUGAUGAACUAUAUUUUCAAACUGACGCAUUUGUAAAAGAAAAGUUAAUUGUAUACUUACAACUCCCAUGUAAACGUGUAACUUAAUUAUUCAAGUUCAGAGAGAGAGAGUUGGCACGAUCGCUGAGUCAGAUGGAUCUGGAGAUCUUUUUAUCGGCUAGUCCUCCACUCUUCAAGCACGAUGGUUUUAAUAGUCUCAGCACCUUUCGCAACCAACACAAGUUGAAUGGCUUUACGAAUGUGUACACGUAUCCAAACCAUUCUAAAAUGCCACCAAUUCGUUCGUGUCUCCUGAUGCGUGAAGAUGAUGUCACAUUGGAGUCCAAAGAUGAGGUAAAGGGCAAAAAACGCGUGUGGUUCGCUGACGAUAAAGGAUUAGCCCUCACGCACGUUCGAUUCAUGACGGAGCCCUCGGAUUGCCCACCCAAAUGGAGUGAAGAAUUCUUAGAAUGUAUAACUCGAGGGGCAAGACCCCAGGUGAACGUGGAAUAUAAAUGGGAACCAUCUUUUACUCAGCCGGCUUCUGAUUACAUAGAGUUUAGAAACAAGUUGGAACUUAAUUGCGUGUCUUUGGAAAAUGUGAUAAUUAAAGACGAUGACCAAUUCACCGGUACCGUGAAAGUCAAAAAUCUCUCUUUCGAAAAAGAAGUGUUUAUCCGGAUAACCUUCGAUCGUUGGCUUAGCUACCAAGACGCGCCCGCCAUGUUUGUCCCACAUGGAAUGGAAUGUUCAUCUUCUUACGAUACGUUUUCCUUCUCGGCUGCAAUUCCUUCGUCAGCAGCCAAGUUUGAAGUAAUAGAAUUCUGUGUAUGCUUCAAAAAUCAAACCUCCGAAUUUUGGGACAAUAAUGGCGGUUCCAAUUACAAGCUGGUCUUGUCCAAAAUGAAACCCCAGGAAUCACUUGAUCUACAAAAGUUCGUCGACGCCUUCAAAGCAGAAUUUGAUUCCUGGACUGACUUUGCCAGUUGGAAUCAUUUGGUUACUGAAGGACCUUACUGGUAAACUCGACAAGGUUUUAUUUAGAAUUAUGAAGCAUUUAAAGAAAAAUUGAUUUACAAUAUUAAUGUUUACAUCAGCUAGUAUGUAUAUUUUCAAGAUAAAUAUAACAAAGAACAAAAUCUUGCUUCAGUUAGUACAGUUUGGAUUUUAAAUUCAAGCACAAAGUAUAAUGUGGACUCUUGUAAUAUGCCGGAGAACGAUGGAGAGAGAUAUAUCAAGGGGAUAAAAAUCUCCGAGCAUCCUUCUUGGAUAUACAUAUAUUUGUGUAAGUGCAUGUUUACCUUUCAAACUACCAAUUGUUAAAAUACGUCUGUCAAUGACCGUAGCCGAUCCACUUCAGCCGUUCUUUGGCUUUCUCGAACAUGUGUUUGUUUGUUAUUCUUUUGUGUGUAUGUAUGUUCCUCAAUUGUGGACUCGCAACUCAAAUAUACCUAGUCACAGAUCUGUCAUCUCUGAAAAUUCUCAAACGGAUUUUUAUGGCAUAUCCCGAGAUAUGAACAGCCACUGUUUGCAACUUCCAGUGUUUUGUUACGUCAGAACGAAAAUUCCCAGUUCGUACAAGAUCCAGGAACGUAUCAAAAAUGCAUUUUGUCUGCUAUAUUUGUGUAUAGAAGACAAAACAAGAAUAUAAAGACUUGGGUUUAGAGAUAUAAAGUGUAUUAAAGAAAUAUUGAUAUAAGUAUAGAAAUGAUUAAGAACUUGUGACUAAAACUAAGCCAGCUAUAUACAGAUCAUCACAAAAAGAUUAAAAGUACUCUUCCAGUAAAUUAAAAAAACAAAUAACUAAGAUACUUAAAAGCCACGCAAUUUAAUGUCAAUACAUUUUGUUUUUAUAUUAAAUCUCACGUUAGGCCGAAUUUAUUUAGAGCCACCUGGAAUAAAUUUCUCUUCUAUUUGAGCAAAAGGAACUCUGAAAAUGUUGGUUUAGCACUAAAUGUUUGUUAUUUAUUUUUAACUUGUUACGUAUUAAAACGUUUGCAUUAAAGACUGAACCAUAAGAUAUGUUGAUGAUGGAGGAAACGCAGAAGUAACAAUUCAUGUGCACUGGGGUUUUAUCAAGUAUGGUGACACGUAACUAAUGACAACCGUUUGUGUUUCUAAGUGAUAUGUAACUAUUGACAACUGUUUGUGUUGCUAAGUGAUAUGUAACUAUUAACAACCGUUUGUGUUGCUAAGUGAUAUGUAACUAUUAACAACCGUUUGUGUUACUAAGUGAUAUGCAAGAGUUGACAACCGUUUGUGUUACUAAGUGAUACGUAAGGAUUGGCAGCCAGUGGACAUUGCAAUAAAAGUUUUUUCAGUUAAAAUACAAUCAGAUUACUGGCUAAUGUUCCUAUGAUUUAUUGGCCAUUUUGAAUUUGAUAAAAAUGAAACUUGUAGAUGUAAUAAUAAUAAUAAUAAUUGUUAUGUUACGUUGAAAACAUUAGGCUUAAAAAGUUCCUAUGAAAUUGGUUUGAUCAGUGUUAAUUAGGACUUUUAAGAAUCAAACUUGUUUGUUUGUUAUUAUUUUUAUAGAUGUUAUAUUUUCCAGCUUCUUAUACUGUUUCGGUGUUUUCUGUACUAUUAUAGAAUAGAUGAAUAUAAUGCACAAUGCUUGGGAAAUUUAAUAGUUCAGCAGCAGCAUUUUUUAAGUUUUUUAAUACAAUGUAAAAAUUCAACAAUGUGGUGAAUACAAACAAUGUAAGAACAAUAGUGUAAAAAUCAACAAUGUGGUGAAUACAAACAAUGUAAGAACAAUAGUGUAAAAAUCAACAAUGUGGUGAAUACAAACAAUGUAAGAACAAUAGUGUAAAAACAAACAAUGUGGUGAAUACAAACAAUGUAAGAACAAUAGUGUAAAAGCGACAAUGUGGUGAAUAUUUUGUUGUUUUUACACUAUUGUUCUUACAUUGUUUAUAUUCACCACAUUGUUGUUUUUACACUAUUGUUCUUACAUUGUUUUGUGGUGAAUACAAACAAUGUAAGAACAAUAGUGUAAAAAUCAACAAUGUGGUGAAUACAAACAAUGUAAGAACAACAGUGUAAAAAUCAACAAUAUGGUGAAUACAAACAAUGUAAAUUUCAACAAUGCGGGAAUACAAAUACUUUCAACAACAAUAACGUUAUGAGUACAAACACUGGUGAGAACAAUGAUGCUAUGAAAACACACAAUGUCAACAACAACAAGAUGUUGAAUGAUGUUUUUGUGUCCUUCAUUCACCACAAGUAAACUACAUUAAUGUGAAUAUUUAAGUCUUAAGGUAUGUGUUUAAACAUCUACAUUGGUAGAGGUUAUUACGAUGAGGUCAUUACAUGCACCAACCAGUCCACCACCAUAAGAGGCCUAGUCUUGUUCCUAGCUUUACUCUUGUCCGUGAUAUCUGACGAGGAAUAUUUCAAAACCGGACUAAUUCUGUGAUAUGAGACAAGUCCAAGAAUAGACUGGGCUUUUCGAUUCUUUUUCGCCAAAAUGCUCACUGCUGGUUAUAAAACAAACUAUAGCCCAAAGUUGUGUUCUUUAUUUUCAUCUGCACACUGAACGUUUAGACUAGAUUAGAUGAUGUUUAACGAUCUGCAUUAUUUCCUCUCUCUCUCUUUUUCUCGACAAGUGUUAGUAAAACCAAAAUGAGAAAAUGUAAAUAUAUAUAUUUUUAGGAAUGUAAACGUUCCAUGGAUGAGUUCUGAGUUUGUACAUUUAAUUGUAGGUUCAUAACUGUGGAACUCACGUGUAUGUGUACCUAUCGUCAUUGAUAAAUAAAAUAAAUAUAUCGACA